GGUGUUCAUAUAAGAGCGAGUGUGUGAUCCAAGAUAGGCUCAGUCGCUCAGAGAGGAGAGGAGAGGAGAGGAGAGUGGAAAGCCAGACCUGAGCCGUAGGCCUUUUGGCUCCUGCAUCUUCUUCCCCUCCGGCAAACGUAGCCGGAGCUCGGAGCCGCAACCUGUUUCGUUGCAGUUUUAGUAUUGUUCUUGAUGAAUGCUUUCCGUCGGCGGGUAGGGUGAGAGGAGGCCUACGUUUUCAGUCACGAGAAGGUAAGGUUUGACUUCAUUGAAAGAAUAGAGGCGGAGGAGACGUCGAGAGGAGAUGGGUGUUCAGGUCGCUGGGACGUGGUCCGCCUCCACGACGCCGUCGCAGGCCGCCGUCUUCGCUGCCGUUGUCUCCACCGUUGGGGCCGGCAAGCGGAAGGGCGUCGUGGGCUGCACGUUCCUUGGGGCUGGCGAAUCGGCCAGGCUGCUGCGGACUCGGUCGAUGGAGGUUGGGGGAGGCAGAGGAAGGCAGCCGCUUGGGCAUGGCUUUUUACGCCGCCGCGCCUUCGGCGCCAGGACCGAGUGCUUCCCUUCUGGCGGCGCCGAUGAUGGUCGGGCGGAGGAGGAUAAUGUGGAGGAGUUUGUUCAGAGGUUGGAGGAAUCGAUUCUCGAGCUUCAGCAGCAACAAGGAAAUGGAGGAGACGCAUCCCUGUUCUCUGCUUCCUUUUGCCUCAACACGAGCUCGCCGCCGUCGUUGAGCAAGCAAGAGCCUUCAACGGAGCCCCCGUGGGUGCCGGUAAGGCCGGAGCCGCCGGACUGGCCCGGCCAGAUCGUGCCGGCGUGCGUGGAGAAGAACGCGAACAGCGUGGAGCUACCCCUGUCGCUGCGGAUCAUAAAGCGGAAGAAGAGGUGGGAGGACGGCGGGUGGCUCCGGGAGGCGGGGGAGUCGGCCUACUGUUCCGUGAAGCGGGCCUUCUCCUCCAUGGUCUUCAUUAUCCGCGAGCUCCAGAGCUACACGCUCCAAAUGCGGGAGGAACUCUUCUGCGAGGACUUCCAGGGGAUCGUCGCGCGGGUUCACCAGGAGAUGAAUUCCUCCUUCGUCUGGCUCUUCCAGCAGAUCUUCUCCUGCACGCCCACCCUCAUGGUCUCCGUCAUGCUCCUCCUUGCCAACUUCACCGUCUACUCCAUGGGUCACCUCGACGCCCCUGCCAUGGCGGCGCCCAAUCCGCUGACCCAAUUGGAGAAAGUGGUGAUGGAGCACCGUCGCCAUAUCCAUCGCGAUCAAUCGUCCAUCAAGACCACUUCGAUUGGCAGGACCGCCUCCGUGGGAGGGAACGGCGGAGGCGGAGGUAGAAAGGCGGGGCCUGUGGCGGGGGCCACCGGGGACGGGCGAUCGGAUGAGGGAUCCGUCGCAUACGGUUCCGUUUUCCUCGACGGGAUCUCAACAGCUCCGGGGACCGUAACCACCGAGGAGGGAGCGAUGGCGGUGGAGCAUGAGGAAGCUAGGGUUUGGAAAGGGAUGCUGGAGGAGGUAUCGAAGAUGCAAGGAAGCACAAGGGACGAUGCCCUGAUGGACGAGGAGACGCUCCGGCGGCUCGUCUCGCCCGUGGCAGUAGACCUCGAGGCCGAUGACUACGCCGACUACUUGCGCACGGAGUUGACGUACCAGAACGCGCUGUCGCAGGACCCGGAGAACGCCCUUCUGCUCGCAAACUUCGCCCAAUUCCUCUACCUCGUCCUCCGCGACCAUAACAGGGCGGAGUACUACUUCAAAAAGGCGGUGGGGACGAAGCCGGAUGACGCGGAGGCGUUGAGUCGAUACGCGAGCUUCCUGUGGGUGGCAAGGAAGGACCUAGCGGCGGCGGAGGAGAGAUUCCUAGAAGCCGUCGCGGCGGAUCCUGGCAACCCCGCCUACGCAGCCGCCUACGCCCAUUUCUUGUGGAACACCGGCGGCGACGAUACCUGCUAUCCGCUGGAAGCCGGAGAGGCCGCCGCCUGAUAGCUACAAAACGACAAAAUUAGUGGGCAAAAUUUCACUUCACCCGAAGGUUUAUCUUUAUUACCAAGUUACCCUCCGGAGGAGUAAAAUGAUAUGAAAUUUGAUAAUGUUAAGAUAUUUUUAGAUUCCAGAUAAAUGUUGGGCUGAAAUGAAUUUUGCUUCAUAAACACUGAUAAAAAUCCUUUUGAUUUUGGGUGGGGAGAGAAGAAGAGCUCUGAGAGUUGGAUUAUUUUGAAAAUGUGGGUUUUGGCCAUGGAUUUGUAGAGGAAUUUACGAUAUCUUUUAUUAUACUUUUAGUUCAAUCUUCAA